AUGGCGGCGGCGGCGGCGGCGGCGGGGCCGGUGUUCUGGAGGCGGCUGCUGGGUCUGCUGCCGGGCCGGCCCGGGCUGGCCGCGCUCCUGGGGCGCCUGUCCGACCGCCUGGGCAGGAGCCGGGACCGCCGGCGCAGGUCACCAUGGCUGCUGUUGGCUCCCUUGCUAUCUCCAGCUGUCCCCCAGGCCACCUCCCCACCUUGCUGCCUGUGUCCAGAAGGUGUGCACCGGUUUCAGUGGAUCAGAAGCCUGGUUCCAGAGUUCGGCGUCUGUAGCUCUCAUGUCAGGGUGCUGUCCUCCCCAGCAGAGUUCUUCCAGCUCAUGAAGGGGCAGAUAAAAGUAGCCAAGAGGCGGGUCGUGAUGGCAUCUCUCUACCUGGGGACAGGUCCUUUGGAGCAAGAGCUGGUAGAUUGCCUGGAAAGUACUCUAGAAGAGUCUCUGCAAGCAAAAUUUCCAUCUGACCUCAAGGUCUCCAUUCUCCUGGAUUUCACCCGGGGCUCAAGAGGCAAAAAGAACUCUCGCACAAUGUUACUUCCACUCCUGCAGAGGUUUCCAGAGCAAGUGCGCGUCUCCCUCUUCCACACGCCCGACCUCCGUGGGCUUCUCCGGCUCCUUGUCCCUGAGCGCUUCAAUGAGACCAUUGGCCUCCAGCACAUCAAAGUAUACCUCUUUGAUAACAGUGUCAUCUUGAGUGGUGCAAACCUGAGUGACUCCUACUUCACCAACCGCCAGGACCGCUACGUGUUCUUGCAGGACUGUGCGGAGAUUGCCGACUUCUUCACGGAACUGGUGGAUGCAGUGGGAGACGUGUCCCUACAAYUGCAGGGGGACAACACGGUGCAGGUGGUUGACGGAAUGGUGCAUCCUUACAAAGGUGACCGGGCUGCAUACUGCAAGGCCGCCAAUAAGCGGGUCAUGGAUGUGAUCCACUCCGCCCGGACUCGCCAGCAGAUGCUGCAUGCCCAGACCUUCCAUGGGGACUCCUUACUGACACAGGAGGAGGCAGCAGCUGCUGGUGAUCGCAGACCAGCACCCGACACCUGGAUUUAUCCAUUGAUACAGAUGAAGCCCUUUGAGAUCCAGAUUGAUGAGAUUGUCACAGAGACCCUGCUGACUGAGGCUGAGCGAGGUGCUAGGGUCUACCUUACAACGGGCUACUUCAAUCUGACUCAGGCCUACAUGGACCUGGUCUUGGGCACACGGGCAGAGUACCAGAUCCUGCUGGCCUCUCCAGAGGUGAAUGGCUUCUUUGGAGCCAAGGGGGUGGCAGGUGCCAUCCCUGCAGCCUAUGUGCACAUUGAGCGGCAGUUCUAUAGCGAGGUGUGCAGCCUGGGGCAGCAGGAGCGGGUUCAGCUACAGGAAUACUGGAGGAGGGGCUGGACGUUCCAUGCCAAAGGCCUCUGGCUGUACCUGGCAGGGAGCAGCCUGCCCUGUCUCACGCUGAUUGGCUCUCCUAAUUUUGGGUACAGGUCAGUUCACCGGGACCUGGAGGCCCAGAUCGCCAUCGUGACAGAGAGCCGAUCCCUGCAGCAGCAGCUCCACCAGGAGCAAGAGCAGCUCUAUUUGCAAUUAAGUGUGGUAUCCUCACCACUAUUUAGCCACUGUGAGCAGGUGAAGCUGUGGGUGAAGAUGGUGACUCCACUGAUCAAGAACUUCUUCUGAGGACGCCAGGAAUGGCUUUGAUGAAGAUGACGGGCAUGGCUGGCGUCAGCUCCUUCAGACGCGCUUCAGCGAUGACUCCAGUCUGGGUGUCCCAGCGAGCUCCUGCAGGGACAGCGUGGCCGAGGGUCAGGGCAGCCCUGGUGCAGCGAACAGGUCUUGUCUGGUGUGCUGGCAGUGAGGGGAGGGGCCCACAGGGAGAGGCCUGGCCUCACACCCCCCCCCCACCCUUUGCAAGGAGGUCAGUGCCCCUGAGACUCCUGAAGAGUUGAGGCCAGGUGCCAAGGACAGGGGGUGCAGGUGUCCACAGAGGACACCGUGGGUGGUGGUGGCAUGCUGUGGUGCCCCGGGCAUCUUGCUGUGCACUGAGGAACAGCUCCGCACUAAUGCUCUUGGGUUCCAUCCAUUUAAAUUUGUGGUGUUUCCAGAGCCUCGUCUGUCGGCCUUCUCACUUUCAGAGUGGCAAGAAAUCAUAACUCCAGCUGAAGAUCACCAAGUUCCCUGACUCCCUCCUGUGUCACGUCUAGCCUGUGUGUACAUAUGCAGCAUAAAUAAUCAUCUGUGUGCAUAUAUAAAUAUUAUUUGCCUUUAACCAGACUGCUGCCAUUUCUACUUAUCAUAUUCAAUAAUGUUUGUACUUUGUCUGGAAUUCCAAAAUAAAUGUGGGG